GGCUCAACAGCAUUUUCUUGCCUCCAGCGCCCACCGCCAGAAAGAAAAAGAACAGAGAUGGCUCGCCGUGGCAGCACCCUCUUGGUCGCACUUGCGCUGGGCUGCACUCUUUUCGCCAGCCGGGCCUUUGUGUCGGCUCCCAGCACAGCGCCGCAGGUCGACGCCCGCGUGCUGGGAGCGACCUUCGCAGGGCUCGUGCCACUGGCAGUGGAGCAGCCCGCGAACGCCUACGACAGCGUGGUGGCCAUGCUGCAGAGCUGGUUGGUAGGCGGCAUCUCCUUGGUGCUCAUCUAUGGAGCUGCCUUUGUGGCGGCUCUGGCCAACCCCCUGACCAAGAGGCGCAUGGAGGUCAAGGCGGAGGUCGACUCCAUGAAGUAGACGGAGGCGCUGCUUUGGACUUUUUUCUGGCUGCCGGCACAUUGACAGGCCGGACAUUCGCCGCGUG